GCUAGAACCUCCAGAGAAUCGAAUUGAGCAAGAGAGAUACAGCCCAGACUACUGUUAUAUCCAACUAGCAGUUCGUUGGGACCGACGAUGGCAUUGAGGGAGAUCGAGUCGACGCUGCCACCGGGGUUCCGGUUCUACCCGAGCGACGAGGAGCUAGUGUGCCACUACCUCCUAAAGAAGGUGGCCAACGAGCGCAUCGCGCAGGGGACGCUCGUCGAGGUCGACCUCCACGCGCGCGAGCCAUGGGAGCUCCCAGAGGUGGCGAAGCUGACGGCCAGAGAGUGGUACUUCUUCAGCUUCCGCGACCGCAAGUACGCGACGGGGUCGCGCACCAACCGCGCCACCAGGUCGGGCUACUGGAAGGCCACCGGCAAGGACCGCGAGGUCCGCAGCGGCGGCGCCGUCGUGGGCAUGCGCAAGACGCUCGUCUUCUACCGCGGCAGGGCCCCCAACGGCGUCAAGUCGGGCUGGGUCAUGCACGAGUUCCGCCUCGACACCCCGCACUCGCCACCCAGGGAGGACUGGGUGCUGUGCAGGGUGUUUCAGAAGACGAGAGGCGACGGCGACGGUCAGGACGGCGACUCCUCGUCGUCGCCCCCCGCCUUCGCCGGCUCGUCGUCACGCGUCAUGCCGGAGUCGGACCACUACUCCGCGUCAGGCGGCUACUGCUACUACGGACACACGGCGUUGGCGCCGCAGCAGGAGGCCGUGGCCGUGCUGCCACAGUAUUACUACGGCGGCGGCGGCACGGCCGCUGACCACCACCACGGCUUCCAGCGAGACGACGCGGGCGCGCUGCCCGGGUUUGGGUUUGGCGCGAGGGAAGUCGUAGCUGGUGGCGAUGAGUACGGGUUUGCAGCUGGCUACUUUGACAUGGGCGGCGGCUUUGAGGACGUGGCGAGCCUUGGAGUUGGAGGCGGCAUGGAGUUUCCGCAAGCGUGGAGCUGAUUGUGCAACAUCGUCUCCACUUGAGAGAGAUCGAAUACAUUAUUUACUGGGUUAAUUAAAUUUAUUAAUUGUUUAUAUACAGAUGGGGAUUGGAAGAUAGAUUAAGUUGGGUUUGGAAAUGCUGAGAGAUUGAGAAAGGUUCAUUGCGAACAUGUGAACCAAAUGUAAAUUAAUUGGAAAAUUGGAUUUCCUUUUGUAAAUUAGUGCAUUAAUUAUGUAUACUCACACA